AUGCUACAUUUUAAAAGUUCAGAUAAGAGUGACAGAGAUGAUGACAUGUCAGGGGUUAAAUUACGUUCGUCCUCAUUAACCGCCCCAAUUCUUGAAGCUGUUCAGGAAGCCCAGCCUUUUGAAGAAGCCACAUUUUCUAACUUCCAAAAGAACCAUCCUCUAACCGAAAACUCAACAUGCAAUGCUUAUGCUAUUUAUGAUACAGAUGGCAAUUUGAAGCCCAUGAAAGAUACGUUCGGCAGAGAUAUAACUACACCCGACAUUUCAAAUCCAACAAGACCUAGAGACGAACGGCCUAUAGACACCAUACGUGGAUUUGAAUACUCCAUAACGAAAGAUCCGCGCUGGUUACAAGAGCUGGAAACAUCCCAACUGGGAUUUAAGGCCAGACCUGGAUUUUCCGUCAUCAAUCCAGGUUCGGAAGCUUCAGUAAAUUUACCCCAACUGGAAGAAAAAGUGAUAGAAAACCAGAAGCAUGCGAAGAAACAUUCCAGAUCAUGGUUUUCUCGGUUGGUUGGGAGAUAA